AUGCAAUACAAAUCCACCACCGUUUUGGCCGCCGCUGCGGCUCUAGCCUCCUCUGCCUCUGCCGCUGUCACCGGCUCUGAGCCAUGGAGCACCUUGACUCCUACCGCUACCUAUUCCGGUGCCCUCACAGCUUACACUGAGACUUUUGGUAUCGCUGUGGUGCCAAUUUCGUCCUCGGUGUCCACUUUGAGCGCCGCCACCGCUUCCGACCACGCCAAGAGAGACGUUAUUUCGCAAAUCGGUGACGGUCAGAUCCAGGCCACCACUGCCACCUCUACUCCAAAGUCUUCGGCUGCCGCUAUCUCCCAAAUUGGCGACGGUCAAAUUCAGGCUACCACCUCUACUUCUACUCCAAAGUCUUCGGCUGCCGCCAUUUCUCAAAUCGGUGACGGUCAAAUCCAGGCUACCACCUCUACUUCUACUCCAAAAUCCUCUGCCGCCGCCAUUUCUCAAAUCGGUGACGGUCAAAUCCAGGCUACCACUUCCACCGCUGCUCCAAAGUCCACCGCUGCAGCCAUCUCCCAAAUUGGUGACGGUCAAAUCCAGGCCACUACCUCUACCGCUGCUCCAAAAUCGUCUGCCGCAGCCAUCUCGCAAAUCGGUGAUGGUCAAAUCCAGGCUACCACCACCACUUUGAAGCCAUCUUCUGCCGCUGCCAUUUCUCAAAUCAGUGACGGUCAGAUUCAGGCUUCUUCUUCCGCCGCUAAGCCAACUGAAACAGCCGCUUCUCAGAUCAGCGACGGUCAAAUCCAGGCCUCCUCCACCUCUUCAGCCGUGCCAACAGAAUCUGGUGCUUCCCAAAUCCAUGACGGCCAAGUUCAGGCUUCUUCCACCUCUGCUUCUUCUUCUCCAGCUUCCACCUCUGACGCCUCCUCUUUCGUAUCUGCCGUUUCUUGCAAGGCUGAAGGCUCUCUAUCCAUGACUUUGGACAACGGUAUGCUAAAGGACUCCAAGGGAAGAAUCGGUUCCAUCGUUGCCAACAGACAAUUCCAAUUCGAUGGUCCUCCUCCACAAGCCGGUGCUAUUUACGCCGCUGGUUGGGCUAUUACCCCACAAGGUAACUUAGCCAUUGGUGAACACGAUGUUUUCUACCAAUGUCUAUCGGGCAGCUUCUACAACUUGUACGACGAGUCCAUUGGUUCUCAAUGUUCUCCAGUCCAUUUGGAAGUCAUUGAGCUAAUCGACUGUUAA